AGAGUAGAAAGGAACCUUUUGUGUUCAGCUCCUCAGUGCUCACUGCUCUCUCUCUCUCUCUCUCUCUCUCUCUAGCUCUGAAAGUAGAAUAAAGCUACACCCUCGACAUGGACUUGGCACCAACUUCUGUUUAUUUCUCUUCUUGUUCUUGUUCUUCUUCUUCUUCUGACAUUAUAUAAAAUCUCUCCAAUCCUCAAUUUUCCCCUUCUGUAAUUCCAUUUUGUCCAAACCCUUCUUUCUUCUCUGCUACUUUGUCUCUACCUGAAAAUGGAUUACGGAAAGCUUGGAUCAUCGAAGUCUGCUGGGUCUUCGAUUGGCGCAUCUUUCCGAAGCCAAUUGGGGGAACCCACUAGCUCAAAGAAGGGAAAUCGUCGGCUCAUUGUCAUCGGUGUCCUCGCUUUUGUCCUCCUUGCUGCAGCAGCUUCCGCCGGAAUUGUCGUUUUAAUCCGACCAAAAUCCGCCGGAGAACGGGCACAUGGCAUCCGGGGACCUACCCAGUCCAUCUCCAAAACCUGCAGCAAGACUCGUUACCCUGACCUCUGUGUCAACUCGCUUGUCGAUUUCCCAGGGGCGCUCGAUGCAGGGGAACGAGACCUUGUUCACAUCUCAGUCAAUAUGACCCUCCAACGCGUCGGAAAAGCCCUCUACGACGUCUCGGAUAUUGGAAACUUACAAAUGGAUACUCUCGUUCGGUCGGCUUACGGGGAUUGCUUGGAGCUGUUGCAGGAUUCGGUGGAUCAGCUCUCACGGUCUUUAAUGUCGGUGGUGCCGCCGGCUGAUGGUAGCGGACAGACAGGAACCGUUGGAUCAACGCAAGAUGUGAUGACGUGGCUUAGUGCGGCACUCACCAAUCAGGACACGUGUUCGGAUGGAUUCGAUGUUGUGAGCGGUGGGAACGUGAAGGAUCAGAUACAACAAAGGCUUAAGGAUCUGUCGGAGCUGGUUAGUAAUUGCUUAGCCAUCUUUGCCUUUUCCGGCGACAGCGGAGACUUCUCCGGUGUUCCCAUUCAGAACCGGCGGAGAUUGAUGGGAAGCGUUUUUCCGCCGGCGGAGGUUCAGGUAGAGGAAAGCCGUGGGUUCCCGAAAUGGCUGACUAGGAGAGAGAGGAGACUCUUGGAUAUGCCGGUGGAUGUGAUGCGGGCUGACAUUGUUGUCUCCAAAGACGGAAACGGCACCUAUAAGACGAUAUCGGAAGCCAUUAAAGCUGCUCCGGAGCAUAGCAGUCGCCGUUUUAUUAUCCACGUCAAAGCAGGAAGGUACGACGAGAAGAACCUUAAGGUGGGGAGGAAAAAGACCAAUCUGAUGUUCAUAGGAGACGGUAAGGGCAAAACGGUCAUUACAGGUGGCAGGAGCGUCUACGAUAAUUUUACCACGUUCCACACGGCAUCAUUCGCGGCGACGGGAGCUGGAUUUAUCGCAAGGGACAUGACCUUCGAGAACUAUGCGGGACCCGAAAAGCAUCAAGCGGUGGCCUUACGUAUUGGGGCGGAUCACUCGGUGGUGUACCGAUGCAACAUCAUAGGGUAUCAAGACACACUGUACGUACAUUCUCAGCGACAGUUCUACAGAGAAUGCGACGUGUACGGAACCGUGGACUUCAUAUUUGGGAACGCAGCGGUGGUGUUACAGAAUUGUAGUCUCUACGCACGCAAACCCAUGGCCCAGCAGAAGAACACUAUCACGGCCCAGAACCGGAAAGACCCGAACCAGAACACCGGCAUCUCUAUCCAUAACUGUCGGAUCCUUGCUGCUUCUGAUCUAGAGCCCGUCAAGUCCACUUACCCGACUUAUCUGGGUCGUCCGUGGAAGCUCUACUCGAGGACGGUGUACAUGUUGUCUUACAUGGGUGAUCACAUCAACGCAAAAGGGUGGUUGGAAUGGAACGCCACCUUCGCCCUCGACACACUUUACUACGGGGAGUACAUGAAUUUCGGUCCAGGUGGAGCCGUCGGACGGCGGGUCACGUGGCCCGGUUACCGGGUUAUUAUUGAGGCCGCGGAGGCGGCCAAGUUCACCGUCGCCCAAUUCAUAUACGGAUCUUCUUGGUUGCCCGCGACCGGGGUGGCCUUUGUGGCUGGGCUUUCAGUUUGACGAUUAAUUCUUCUCUUGUAUCUUAUUUUCUCACACUUUAUUUUUAUUUCUUUUUCUUGAAGAAUCAAAGGAUAAACAGAGAGAGGGGGGGUAAUUAUAGUGAUAGGGAGGUAUAACUCCUUCCUUCUUUAUUCAAUUUUUUAGAAGUUGUAAAAGGAAUAAUAAUUGAAAUUAAAAAAAAAACUGUUUUUUUUCCCUUAUAA